AUGCUUCAGCUGAAAAAUCUGCACGUAACUGUUAUUGUCAACAGUGUGGUUAUGCUCACCCCAACUGAGGCUCGUUUUUCGUGCGAUCCUCCAGAAGCCAAAAAGCCGCCUAAAGAUUCAUUCAAAUGUGUGGAAUUCUCGUGGAAUCCCUCGAAAGGCAACGAUGAGUUCUGCAAUUCUCUGACCAACGCUCGUCAUGGAUACAUUCGAUUUGCUGAUAAGAAAAUGAUGAGCAACUGCACUGCUACAAAUCAAGGGAAUUGGAUGUGUUAUUGCAGUCCUGCCGAUGCCGAUUGCAAAUCCAAAGAAUGGAUCCAGAAAUUUGUGUCGACGGUUUCCCAAUGCUGGGAAGACUGGUAUCGAUCGUUAACGUACCACACAACUGGAUCUUCUCACUGGAUCAAGUUUGUGAACACUAAUCCUACGGAAAUGAAAGACGUGAAAACACCGUAUUUGGAAAGUGCAUUCAAACCAUUGGAUUUCUACCCUACUCCAUCGAUAAUAUUUAAUCCAAAUCGGCAAGGAAUGAUAUACAACGUUUCCUCGUUGUUGCUGGUCCUCAUCUGUUUCUUCGUCUUAACGUACGCUACCGUCACUAUCGCAUGGUGCAUCCUAGCAACGAAGGAAAUGCUCAAAACAGUUGCAUAG